AUGAAGUAUAUGCUAGCCAAUAUAAGUAAUAUAAUGGAUUGCGUUCCCUGCGAAAAGUGUCGUGUAUGGGGUAAACUGGCAAUUAAAGGUCUUGCCACUGCCACGGAAAUCAAUAUGAAUUGUGAUGUUUACAAUGUUGUCCUUAACCGUGCGGAAAAAUUUACAUUGAUUAACUUAGCUCGGCAACUAUCAUUUUCAGUAAAAAGCUUGGAUAUACUAGAGGAAAUAUGUCGCAAUGAAUCAUUGAUUUGA